AUAAUAGACAGAAGGGUGGGAGGAAUUCACUGUGCGCAUUUGAUAGCAGGGAGUCAUCAACAUGCAACUGAACAAAUACAGUGUCCCGGUGUCCAUGGCGAGAGACGUAUUGGGGAGCGAGCUACAGGCAGCUCCGGAUCAGGAUGGGACAAAGCUCCACAUAUUGGACCUUUACUGUGACAAACUGAAGCAGCCCCACUCUCAAACCCUGGCAGAGUUUGAGAAGAUACACACAGUGGGAAAAGGGGCCUACGGGACGGCUGUUUUGUAUCGGAAGAAGGACGAUGAUUCACUGGUUAUACUGAAAGAGAUCAACAUGCACGAGUUGAACCACAUUGAGAGACAGAGGGCAAUGAACGAGGUGAAGGUGCUUUCCAUGUUAGACCAUCCCAAUAUUAUCAGCUACUACGACAGCUUCGAGGAGGAAGGCUUGCUGAUGAUUGAAAUGGAAUAUGCUGACGGAGGAACCCUGGCACAGUACCUGGCACAGCAGGACGGGGAGUUGGAGGAACGGGAUAUACUCAAUCUCUUUCACCAGAUGGUGGCCGCCAUCUCCUACUUGCACGAACACAAUGUGUUGCAUCGAGACCUGAAAACAGCAAACAUCUUCCUCACCAAAGACAGCGAGGUGAAGCUCGGCGAUUUCGGGGUGGCUAAGGUGAUGUCAACAGGAAGCGAGGCACACACUAUUUUAGGUACUCCCUAUUACAUCUCACCGGAGAUCUGUGAAGGAAAGUGCUACAAUGAGAAAUCAGACAUCUGGUCACUUGGCUGCAUUCUUUACGAGAUGGCCUGUCGUCGACGCACGUUCGAAGGCACUAACCUGCCAGCGGUCGUGAACAAAAUCAUGAAGGGGCAAUUUGCUCCGAUCACUGACAGGUACAGCCCUGAGUUGAAAGCGCUUGUGACGGACAUGCUGCAGAAGGAACCUCAGUACCGUCCUGCUGCUCACGAGCUGCUGUACGUUCGCAUCCCCGAAGCCUUGGUGAAAUACAAAGAAACUCCAGACGAGGAGGCAGGAGCUGGGAUCAGUGACCCUCAACCUCACCCGAAUCACAAGCGAAACAGGCGCUCGGCUCUUUAUCACCUUCACGUGCCUGACCUGGAACUUUGCCCGAUUGAGGGGUUCCCCACAAAGAUCAGAAUCACACAGGUUGCUGUGAGUGAUGGCCACACGGUGGCAGUGGGGAUGGAGAGAGCAGUGUACACGUGGGGGAGGAACCGGAAAGGACAGCUCGGUCACGGAGAUCUGCAGUCACGCUCGCGGCCACAGCUGGUGGAUGCACUGAAAGGAAAAGCCAUCGUCAGGGCCUGUUGUGGAGAUGUGUUCAGUGUGUUUCUCAGUGACAAUGGCAUUGUGAUGACCUGCGGUGACGGAUCCCAAGGCUGCCUGGGACACGGGGACCUCUGCAGCACCUCCAGGCCUUGUCUGAUCGAAGCCCUUCUCAGUGUAAACGUGCAGGACAUUGCCUGUGGCCUGCAACACGUGGUGUGUGUCGAUGGUGAUGGGGAGGUGUUUUCCUGGGGCAAUGGGAGACAUGGAAAGCUGGGGCUUGGGAAUGAGGAUGAUCACUGUGUGCCAGUGAAGGUGGCCUUUGAGGAACAGGUCUUCAUAAGAGAUGUGCGCAGUGGAUCUGAUGGAACCAUGUUCUUAACAGAUACUGGCAGUGUCUUGGCCUGUGGUAACAAUCAAUACAAUAAACUGGGUCUGAAUGAGAGACGGGGCCUUCUCAUGCAGAUGACAACACUGUUUGCACGAACUGAUGUUGAAGGUAGGAAGGUCCCCACAAUCGUAAAGGCAUUGAGGCACCAUCGUGUGAGAGACGCGGUCCUCGGCCCAUCUCACAGCAUUGUCCUGGUGGAGCCCGGCCUUCUGUUUACCUUCGGGAAGAACACAGAGGGACAGCUUGGCACUGCCAACACCAAAGCGUAUAAAGUACCAGUGCAUGUGAAGGAGCUCCAGGAUAAAACGUUAACUACACUUGGUUGCGGAGAGACAUUUAGCGUUGUUGGGGCUGAUGAUAAUUCCAUCCUCUUCUGGGGAACCAAGCACAGAUCUGCAGGAUCGACAGAUCAGCUGGGCCUGACCGCUGUGAAUCAAGCAGCCACAGAGGUAGCAGGAGCUCCAGUCUGCCCACCCAAAGCCGAGGAGCCCAGUGUGAGGCCAGGCAACUCCACUGCGAGGAACAAAGACACUGACAGUGAAAAUCAUAAAAAGGAGCAAGUUGGAACCAGCCUGGGAAAAGAAUCGAAGCAAGCUGGAGAGGGAAACUUGGAUGCACAAGAAUCAUCUUCGUUGAUUCCUGCAGCACAGAGAGUGUCCAAGCCAGACUCACUGGAAGAACAUGUCACGUACAUGAACUCAAUGUCUGUGAAAGACCCAAUGGAAACCAGACUGGCCAAUUGUAAGUCUGAGAGCAAGGAUGUCCGAGACCUGGGCAGGUCCAAGGUGUUUGGGAGUCAGAUCAGCUUCCAAGACCGAGAAGCCAUCCAGCAGCUCGUACCGACCCUUCUCGUGUCUCUGAAGCAGGUUCUGCAGGAGAGCAGCGAUACACACGCUCCCACUCUGCGGACUGUUAUCUGCAACAAGGAGAACAUCUUUGUCCUUGUUGAGCACUCUCUCCCCUUGUCCCACAAGAGGGUCAGGAAACAUCGGAAUUUCCGGAGGCGCGGAGGCCGGGAAUACACCGAGCAGCAACUGGGACACAAUCUUCACUACUCCCACUCCAGCAACGAUGCCGGUGAUGAGUACACCAGCUCGGAGAUGUCGGAGCUGGAGACCGGCAGGCUGAUGCCAACGUGGAUACGGAAUGAACUCAGUGACGCAGCCCCGAUCGAAGUGGGCACUGUCCCACAGGGGAAUGAGCCAGAGCUGAUCGCGGGUGAGGAUCGUGGAAGAGUAAAGGAGGUGGAAGCUGCAGGUGUUGUGGAGAGUACGGAAGCUGUCGUCAGCACAGAGAGCAAUGCAGCCACAAAGGAGCUGGAGAUGAGCUCCACCAGUGCAGUGAGAGCCCACGGAAGGAAGCUCCCUGAAGCCACAUGCAAAUCUGGAAUCCUGAGAACUAAAGUGACUGGGAGCCAUCGGGCACAUACCAGACUGAGGUCCGAGAGGGGGCACAGCAAGAGCACAGGUCCCUGGGUGAGCUCCCCACCUUCUUCCGUCAACACGUCAAAACACUUCCACCACCCAGCUCUCACUGAAUCUUCCCUCUCCAAGAAUAAGAACACUGAUCUGUCCAGAGUGGCAAAGCAGGUGCUUGAGGGAAAGCAGAGAGAGGAGGAGAGCAUUCAACAGCAAGAGGAGAAGCAGAAGAGCCUGGAAGUCCUGCAUGAGCAGCAGAGAUCCGCGAUGGAGCGAGAGACCAGACUUCAGAUGGAGAUCGACGGGCUUUACAAGGAGCUGAAGGAACAGAAGCAGCUCCUCAAACACAACUCGGAUGUGAUGCAGCAAUUACAGGAGCAGUUGCUGAAGGUACAGUCACAGCAGUUUCGGACCAGCUCCAGGGCGGAACGGGAGCAAAGCAACCAUAAAUCUCACAGAACUGCAGCAAAGGCAGAGAGCAGAGUCUGUGCCGUGAUGUAAAGUGGAUUUAUUUUGUUUGGACACAAGCAAUGCAUUGCAACUUAAGGACAAACUUCUCCCUGUCUUUGCUCUUACGCUGUGUGGGAGAUAACUGCAUCAUGACUUUCACUCGCUCAUGAGGAAAGCUUUGGGAUCCAACAAAAUGACUGAGCCACUUUGUGUGACAAAUGGGACUGCCGGAGUCUAUAAUGGAAAGCUCCCGACCCCCAUCGCCCUGGUAACCCGGAGUUUCUCCACUGACCGACACAAAGGGAGGAGAUGAAAAAAGGGAACUUUAUGACCUGUGACCUCCCCGUCUCCUUUCCUGAUCCCUUUGAACUGCCACAGAAAAGCCCACCCCUGGAGAUUGAGGAGGCAGCUGCAGUUAUCUGUCAGGCACUCACUCACUCCCCUGCAUUAAGCCACCUGAACCAGCACAGUGGAGGGUAGAGUUCAGCUUGAAACUCAAGUAGGUUUUAGGCCUUAAUGAUAAAUAAUAAUCCUUGCAUUUGAUAUAGCGCCUUAUCACGUCGUUGAGACGUUUCAAAGCGCUUCACAAAAUACACCAUAAACUGAAUUGACUGCAUAUUUUGUGGUCGAAACGCAGCAGCCAAUUGUGCACAGCAGUGCCUCACAAACAGUCGUGGACUGAAUGACUGAAUUAUUUUUUUAAGGUAUUAUUAUCCCCAGAAAGCAAACCCCAAUUGACUAACAACCAGGUUCCUACUUACUGCUAAAUAAACUUGUGUUUUUCAGGGCAAGUCUGUGGUUUGGAUUCUUUGGAUUAGGCCACAUGGUCCUCUGGCAUUGGCCACCCAAAGCUGUAACAUUAUUUUAGUUCAGGACGAUAGAAUUCAAGUAUCAUUCUAUGCUUAAGUCAUUUAUCUCCGAGGCUUUCUUCCCUGCGGGCAUUGGCUUGAAUGGGAAGAGAUAAGGAAUAUGUUCCAUUAAUUUUACAGCAAAGAUAGUUUUAUAACUGGGAAUCUGCUUAAAGAGGGUGGAGCGCAUAACUGAGAAACUCUGAUACUGAGGUUUUCGGGUGUGACCUAAUCUUGAAAUUGGAGUUAAGCCGGUUUAAAGUGACUCCCGAGAAUCUUAUUUCUUUACACAAAGUCAAGCGAGAAUGAGCCAGCCAGACCGGGAGAUGUUUAAAAGGGAAAUGGAUAAGAUACUUGGGAAAUGAGGGUAUUAAGUGAUACGGAGAACAGGCAGGGAAAUGGGAUUAGAAGAUUAAUGAGCUGCUGUGAACUAAUCGAAUAGCAAAGGAGGCUUGACUGGCUGAGUGUCCUAUUCCUGUUCCUAAAUCAGUUAAGAACAAAAUUGUGAGGAGGGGAGGGAGAGCUUCUUAGUAAGGUUUGACUGUGUAUUUCACCCACAAAUAUACAGUCAAUUCACUUUACAGUAUAUUCUGUGAAGCGCUUUGGGACGUCCAGAAGACGUGAAAAGCGCUAUAUCAAAUGCAAGGAUUAUUAUUAUAUCAAAUGCAAGUAUUAUUAUUAUUAUUAGGUGCACAUGAUUUUGAGCAGAAUGGGACAAUAGUAUUCAAAACAAUUGUGCAUUAGAUUGAAGGAAUGGUGCCUCUGCCCUGAAAGUCCAGCGACCAAGCUCAGCAGUCAGCUCUGAACCUCUAGUGACAGAGCAUCGGGGUGAGGCUAUACACAGGGUAAUUGGGGCGGAGAAAGAGGAAGAUAAGCCUGCACUUAUCUGCCUUUUAUGUUACAUCUCAGGGUGUUUUAAGUUUCUGCGCCGUUCUUGUUCGUAUGCAAUCAACCUGCCAGUUUUCAACACGGGUUGAGGUGAAACCGAGCAGAAAUAAACGUUUGGGUCAGGAACCGA